AUGGGCAUCCAGGAAACCAAGAUGUACAUUUUCAUGCUCUCCAACAUGCUCCUGGGCAUCCAAGAGCUUCUGAUGACUACAUUCCGGGAGUUUACGUCGCCAUUGCCCAAACUUGCUUUUGGUAUGCUCAACGCGAGCGAUGAUAAAGAUUUGGAAGAAUCCUUGAAGGAGGAUGGAGCGAGUGAAAAAGAGGCCGCCGAGGGUGAGGGUUUCUUUCUUUUGUUGGCUGCUACUUAUCCAUUGAUGCUUUCAGUCCGGCGAAUGAACAAGACAGAUGCAAGCUCCGACUUUGUCAUGGGCUAUGCCAAAGAGACUCCAGAUCUUUUUGCAGAAGACGAUGACGAUGUAGAAGACCCGACUAGCCUGCAGCACAGGCACUCCAAUGUUUUCGUCAAAGUUUACUGGGGCUUUUGCGAGGAACUGCGGGUGGCGGUGGACCUCAAGAACAGCACCAGUGGAAGAACGAAGGGAGCAGUUUGCAUCCAGGUGUGGGGCACGGUGAGAUGGUACUACGGGUAUGUCGAAAUCCACGAGUUUCUUCAAGUGGAAAACGAGAGUCUGGCUUGGACAAAGGAUGUCAGGUUUUCGUCUAGACCAGAAGCUGACGGCGAGCUCGCGGCUGUUUUACAAAGGGAUGCUGAAAACCUUGGUGGGUCGGGAGGUGACGAAAUGGACUCCUCGCGACGGACCAAGGAGAUGAUCGCUGCUCGACGCUUCUGUGACGAGCUUCACAGCGUCAAGCUCGUCGUGUCUAACCAAGGGCUUUACAAUAUUAUGGCACUUCUCUGCUUCGUCGUCGACGCCUCGCGCCUCCAGGGCGCUGUUCUUGGAUCGAUCCAGCAGUGCCUGUUGCGGCUUGCCAAUCUAGCGGUGUUGCGAUCACACCGGAGCGGCGCGCUGCCGGCGAUCGAGAGCAUAGGCUUGUGCGCCAUCAAAUUCGAUCCGGGGGAGGAAUCUUACAAGCUGGAGAUUGUCUUUGAGCCCCGAGCGCCUUUCAGCUACAGAGAUUUCCACUACGCUGUUGUGAAUGGUCUCACGGCUGCUUCUGCGAUGUCCCAAGAAGGAACUGGACAAGUGUCAAGCUUGUCUUCUCUACUUUCAAGUCAGUGGUCGCCAGAAACAGCAACCAAGAGAAUUGUCGUGAUCACCAAUUGUUUCUGUGAGCCCGCUGCAUCCUUUAGACAGGCAAUUCUCGAAGCAGCGGCCAGAUGCAUCAUGAUUGACUUCAUCGAGCUCGACCUCUCCGAUCAUACCAACGACCAAUGCCUGUACCCUCAGCCCAAGCUCACAGGAGAAUUUCAUGUCGAUAUCACGGAGUUCGAGAACUGCACCUUUCAGAGACUGCAAUGGAAUUCAGCAAACAUGUCACGUCUCGUCAAAGAGUGGCUGCAAGAACUUGGAACCGAUGACGAAGGGUCACUCGAAGGAGUGCUUUGCUUCCAGUCACCUUUGCUCAACUCUACCAGGAAGAUUUUUUGCACGCUUUAUCCCGCCGUGUUGCGACUUCAUGACGUGAUAAAACCAUGCCAGGCCUGUCGGUGCCAUGGAUUACCGCUCGGUUCAAUCUUACACUGCAAGAGAGCGAUUUGUCCCGUCACAGGAAGUGACCUGGAUGACCAUGAUCUUGCAAGAAGCUGUCUUCAAGUUGGAGAGGACACGGUAAUGCAAAUGCCUUCGCUGGUUGCUCCUCCAGAGCCUGGUGCAGCUGCUUACUUCCACGUAAUUGGCUCCGUCUAUCUAGCGCUGCUUAGUGAAAGUGUGCUAUUUGGCAUGCCGUACGUGGUGGUUUCUUCUUCGGAGGCCGACAUUGAACUAAAUCCUGGAGGGGCUGUUUCAACAAACAAUGAUCACGUCUUCGCAGCUCUUUGCCAAGAGUUGCACUCUAAGGACACGGGCCUUCUCUGUAAGUCCGACACCGACAUUGAAACUGGAUGUCCUACUUCGUUCAUCUGUUUCUACAUUCUGUUGCCAUCACAAAAUGGCUCUCUCCUGGCCAAGAGAAUUGCCACGUCUGAGGAGCUGCUGCCGUUUCCUCCAGCCAUGCGCACCCCAACAAGCGUGCCUGACGAUGUGAGGGACAUGGUCAGCUUGUCUUUAUCCAAGAUGGAAGCGCAAUCAUACGAUCCAUUGCAGCAUGAACGAGGCUGCGACUCGAAGCUUAGCAACGUUGUAAGCGAAAGCUUGCAGUUUCGUUCGUCAGCUCCGGAAGAGAUAAGCCUCAGACCAAAUAAGCAGUUUGUAACUGCAACCGCGGUUCUGGCUCAGAGCGCUGAGCAACCAAUUGGAAGGCUUCGGAAGAAUCUUCAUAACGUUCUUCCUAGGCAGCAAAAUUCAACAACACAAAAGCCAUCAUUGCCGCUCAACGCCUCACAAGUUUCCAAAGGAAGGUCGAGGAAGACAAAGUCGUGACAACGCAAG